GGAAGCGGAAGUGGCCACCGUGGCUGUCGUCCUGACGCUGGAGCGCGAGCUUUAGAUGACAGCAGCAUUCUGGAGGUGAAUUCAGGGAGAGGAAGGCCUGGAUUCAGUCAACAAAUGUGAACCUUCUCUACCUGAUGACCUCUAAGGCCAGAAAGCGAGUGGUCCUCCCCACAAGACCAUCUCCACCCACAGUUGAACAGAUCUUGGAGGAUGUCAGUGGUGCUCUGCCCUCUGAUCCGGUUUUCACUUCCUUUGCCCCACAAGUCCUGGAAGAGCUUCCUGCCACUCAAGAGAAUAAGGACCCAGAGGCAGAAAGGGAACGGCAGUACCAACAGAGUCGCUCCUAUGUGGCCAUGAACCAUCGACUCCAGAUGGCCUGUGGCCUGCUGAAACAGAAGUGUGAGGAGUUGCGACAGGCUGGGGACAGCCUUGAGCAGGACAUCUUAGAGAUGAAGCAGAGGACCCUUUCUGAUGCACAGGGUUCCAGCUGUCUUCCUGAUGGUACAGCUGAAAGUUCCUUUUUCAUCUUCUUUAAAAUAAAUGAUAAUAAAAUGACUUGUGAAGAGGUGAUCCAGAGCCUCAGGGCCAUUUUGAUGCUUACCAUUUGGAACUCUCUGAGCUCCACAUGAAUAAAAGCCCUUUUCUUUGUAGCUGGGACUUCUCAGUUGUUUCUUUGAAACAGAAUUAAUUCAGUUCAAAUGAAUGCUUUGCCUGAAACUGUGGUCUCUUAGGAGCUGAGAGAUGAAUUGACCUGUAAAUUAGCAAGUGAAAAGAGGUAUUCUGAAUCUCCUUUGGCCAGGAGAGGAGAUGCUAUACCUCAACUGUAGUGCAAAGCCUAUUUUGUGCUUGAUAGUCAUUCAACAAACAUUUGGUUAAGCAUCUUGUUUACUCUUAUGGAAAUGGAAGAAAUUUCAAAUAAAUGAAACUGGUUUUGUAGGA